AUGCAAUGCGAGGACGCGGUCCUUGGCCGAGUGCACUUCACGGAGGCUGGGGAGGUGAUCUACCUGACCACAGCUGGGGACCUUCUUGGACGAGGCCUUGGUGUGUGGAUCUCCGACGGCCCAAUCUUGGGGUUUCAGGUCGACAUCUUCCAAUACGAGGCAACCUCCAAAAAACAUGUUCAGACAGAGCCCCACCGGUUCAGAGGAGUGGGCAAGUUUCCUGAGCGUGGAAACUGGGUUGGAGAAUGGCAUUUCCUGGCAUUCCAGCAGCCUCCUCGAGUCGUUGGUCGUUUCCAUGCACAUCGAUCUCCGAACCUGGCCAUGUCAACACUUGCACGGAAGCCACUGGAGGAGCUGCCCGCGAAAGCCAAGUCCAAUGUGCUAUCCAAGCUCGACAAGCUCACCGAGCCGUUUCCCAUGCUCCAUCCGUCCUGGGUCCCGCACCACCUUGCAGGCAAGAUUGACGAUGUUCACUAUGUCCGCAACUUUCUGGAGCCGAAGCAAGUCGAAGAGUUCGAGAGAAUCAUCGACAAGACUUGCGAUUGGGAGCGAAUGAGAACACGCGACACGCAGGAGUUCGGGUCAUCGAGCCAGUGUCCGUGCGGUCGAAGCUUGAUGAGGGCCGCACUGCCAGCUUGGCAAAGCACUCUGGUAGAUGCUCUGGGGACGUUGGGAGUCUUCCACCCCGUCCUCUUUCCCGCAAACAGCGUCCGAUUGAAUGCUUACAAGCCUGGCCAAGGCAUCUUUCCGCACUUGGACGGGCCUGUGUACUUCCCACGAGCCGCCAUCAUAAGCCUUGGCUCUCACUGCAUCUUCGACUUCUACCCAAGCCUGGAGGAGGAGCUUCCGAAAGGCUUUGCUUGGGAUCGAGAUAAGGAGGUGCCUGCCGCGCCCGAGCUACCUCCGGGAACAAAGCCGCAGCUCAGCCUGCUCCUGGAACCUGGAAGUUUGCUCGUGUUCUCAGGCGACGCCUUCAUCCGGCACAGGCACGGCAUCAAGGCAGUGGAGGAGGACGAAAUCACAAAGGAGGUGAAGAAUGCAAAGGACAUCGGCCUGUCGGUUGGAGACUCUUUGAGGCGUGGAAGAAGAGUCUCCUUGACGAUACGGCAUUUAUUACCGCGCUGCAAUUGCAGUCCGAUGUUCUGA